GGCAGUUGUUGGAGCUAAAACGCUUGAGUAUAUUGCUGUGAGACUGACUGAUUGGAAAAGACGCGCUUUUAAAAAGUUCCUCCAUUAUUUUGAAGCAUUUUUGACAAGAAAGUUUUAUUUUAUUCACAAUACAAAUCAUGUCUAACAAAUUCGAUGCGCUCAAGACAAGUGAUGAAAGUGGUGAUGAAGAAUCUCAAGCUAAAAAUAAUCAAAAAACAGAUAAGGAAGAUUUGGUUGCUCCAGAUAUCAGUCCAAAUGAGCAUAAACUUCAGUAUGCUUAUGCUUUGUGGUACAGCAGAAGAAAUCCAGGCAAACAGAGUAACAUUCAAAGCUAUGAUCAGAAUUUAAAGUUAGUUGGGCGGUUUGCUAGUGUUGAACAAUUUUGGGGUCUUUAUAGUCAUUUAACUAGACCCUCAGAAUUAACUACUCAUACAGAUUUUCAUCUAUUUAAAAUUGGUAUCAAACCUAUGUGGGAGGAUGAAGCCAAUCAGCGAGGUGGGAAGUGGAUAGUUCGUUUACGCAAAGGUUUAGUAUCUCGAUGUUGGGAAAACUUAAUUCUUGCCAUGUUAGGAGAACAAUUUAUGGUGGGUGAGGAGAUAUGUGGUGCAGUUGUUUCCAUAAGAUUUCAAGAAGAUAUUAUUUGUGUUUGGAAUAAAACAGCAUCGGAUGUUGGAACUACAGCUCGAAUCAGAGAUACAUUGAGGCGUGUACUACAUCUUCCUCCAUCUGCUACAAUGGAAUAUAAGACACACAAUGAUAGUUUAAAAAAUGUUACAAGAUCGUGAAAUUUACAACCUGCUUGACGAAGGGUAAAAGAUAAAAAAACCAAUUUUACUUCUUGAAGCUAAGUGCUCAAAACGUACUUAUUACUUUGACAUUUUCUGCAAAAGUAUAAAACCAUUAAGGCAGAUUUAUAAUUCACAAAUGAUACAUUUAUUAUGUUUAAACCUUCAAGACACAAUAAUCAUGUGUGAAUGUACAGCUUGUUUCAAUGCCAUGAAGCCUUGCAUUGAAUUUUUGACAUUUUGUAAAUAAUGCUGUAAAUAACUAAUAUAGAAAUAAAAUAUA